GCUUCUGCUGCUGCUGCUGCUGCUGCUGCUGCACUGGGAUGCAAGCCUGCCAGUGACAGCAGCAGACAUACACUGAAAGCUACCCGUAAAGCUCCCCGUCAGCCCAGACACCGAGGUGAAGGAACCGGCAACACCCCCCCAUGGCCCGCCCCCCCUUGUGCCCAGCACUCAAUUCCAUUGGAAGGAUGGCACCCGCACAGGCCAUAAUCUUAUCACGUGACCCCUCAACCACCCAGUCGCAGCCGGCGUAUUGCAAUCGAAAUUCCAAUCAUACGAUUGCCCGGAACUUCUAGGUAGAGACCAAAAAAACCCUCUUCUUCCUCUUCGACGUCCAUUCACGAAUCUCCACCCGCGAACGUCCACGACUCAAUCGCUCAAUUGAGCCCUCCUCGACCGCGACCCUCCCUUCCAGCGAUUUUUCGAUUUUCCGACGACACAUAACGCCGACACAAUGUUGCGCCCGACCGUUUCCCUGGCCCGUACCGGCCUGCGCGCCCACUCCGCCGUCAUCCGCCGCGCCGCUUCCACCCACGCCAUCUCCAACCCUACGCUCGCCAACAUCGAGAAGAGAUGGGAAGGCAUGCCCCUCCAGGAGCAGGCCGAGCUCUGGAUGGCCCUGAGAGACCGCAUGAAGGGCCCCUGGGCUGAGCUCACCCUUCAGGAGAAGAAGGCCGCCUACUGGAUCGCCUUCGGCCCUCACGGUCCCCGCUCCGGCUCCCCUGCCGGCGAGACCGGCCGCGUCUUCUGGGGCGUCAUGGCCGCCGUCGCCGCCAGCUUGGCCAUCUUCUCCACCGUCCGCAUGUUCGCCGGCCCUGCUCCCGACACCAUGACCAAGGAGUACCAGGAGGCUUCCAACGAGUUCCUCAAGAAACAAAAUUCCGACCCCCUCACUGGUCUCUCUUCCGAGGGCUACUCCGGCAAGGGCAUGGUCCAGUCUCCUCCCAAGGCUUAAAUCCGAUCGAUAUCCCUUACCCCUUCCCUAUCUCGUCUCUUAGAAUCACACAAAUCACAAAUUCGACCAUGGCAGUUGUGCCCAUGUAUUAAAUGACUACUAGUAGAAAAGCUGGCUGGCAUGGGCUGAGGGGGGCUUUGCGACGUGACUCGAGAGGACAACCAAUCUGCUUGGUGUAAAUACUGUACUAAAAGAGCUGAAUUCCAAGCAAAUUUCCAUUUGUUUCUUUAAACGAAUCUAGUUUGAUGCCGUGUUGUGUCACUGGAUAUGCUAAUUCAUAUUGACCUUGCGAACCUUCGGCUUUGUGCAAUAUGUCACUCAAUAUUCUACCGCUGUAUAGAUAGUUAUAAAAGUUCACAGGCUGCC